CCCUUAUGGGCGUGUGCGCGGCGCGCGUUCACGACACACACCAGGAAAUAUGGCGGCGCUCAUGACUCUCAGUCAGUUAUCAAAUGGAAACGCAGCAUAUGAAAAUUAUUACAGACAGCUUGAUCCAGCAAACACAGGGACUAUAUCAGCAGGAGAUGCAGCUCAGUUUCUUAAAAAGUCUGGGUUAUCAGACAGUACACUUGGAAAAAUAUGGGAUUUGGCAGAUUCUGAUAGAAAAGGCUAUUUGGAUAAGAGGGGUUUCUUCAUUGCAAUGAGGCUGGUGGCAUCAGCACAGGGUGGAAAUGACAUCAGCCUUAACAACCUCAACCAAAAUGUAGCUGUGCCAAAAUUUAGAGACACUGAAAGCCCGUUAGUAACUGCAUCAUCAACAACAUCUGACUGGGCAAUCAGGCCUGAUGAAAAAGGGAAGUUCGAGGCGAUUUUUGAAAGUCUGUCCCCUGUGAAAGGUCUCCUCUCCGGUGACAAGGUCCGACCUGUUUUGAUAAACUCCAAACUACCUCUGGAUGUGUUGGGAAAGAUUUGGGACCUUAGUGACGUGGACAAAGAUGGACAUUUGGAUAAAGAGGAAUUCAUAGUGGCCCUGCAUCUCGUUUAUCGCACCAUGGAGAAGGAGCCUGUCCCAAGCAGCCUUCCUCCUUCUCUUAUCCCACCUUCCAAAAGAAAAAAAUCUGCGCCUGCUCUUCCUGGCGCCGUGGCCGUUUUGCCUGCCAUGUCUGGCUUCGGAUCCGGAUCGGCUCUGCGGAGCUCUCCUUCUCUGAGGAGCGCCACUCCUCCUGUGGGGAGCGCCGCGUCUUCUCGCGUUUCACCCCUCAGCCCCAGCGCUGUCACCUUGUCUCCAAAACACUCCUUUAAAUCCAGCUCACCAUCCACUCCAGCGGCUGCAGUGAACUGGGUGGUACCGGUGGCCGACAGAGAAAAAUAUAGGGAGCUUUUUAAGAAGACGGACACUGAUGGGGACGGCUUCAUCACAGGCACUGAGAUCAUUGAGAUCUUCAUGCAGUCCAACCUCUCUCAGACCAUGCUGGCGCAGAUCUGGGGACUUGCUGACACAAAACAGACAGGCAAACUGACCCCGGAGCAGUUUGCUCUGGCCAUGCAUUUCAUCCAGCAGAAGGUGACAAAAGGCAUCGACCCUCCCUCUACUCUCACUACAGACAUGAUCCCCCCGUCAGAGAGGACGGCAGCGUCAGCUAUGGGCCUUAGCUUUAUGGGGAUUCUUCCUUCUGUGAGAGCAGACCUGGUUUCCACAGCUAGUAUGCGCAGAGACAGCACCAGCUCCGUUGGGUCAGUUGAGCUCACAGGCAACAAAGAGCUGGAUGACCUCAGCCAGGAAAUAGCUCAGCUGCAGAGAGAGAAGUUUUUCCUGGAGCAAGAGAUUAUGCAAACGGAGGAAACCAUAAGACAGAAAAACAGUGACGUUCAGGACAUUCAGCUCGACUUGGACAGGGAGAGCAGCAGCCUGCACAGCCUGACGUCCCAGAAGCAGGACGCUCAGGGACGUCUGGACGAGAUGGACCAGCAGCGCUCCAAGCUGGAGGGAAUGCUCAAUGAACUGAAGCAGAAAUGCCAGGAGGAAUCUCAGCAGAUUUCUUCUUUGCAAAGUCAGAUCCGCUCUCAGGAGACCAACGUCCGCAGCCAGGAGGAUGAGCUGAGCCGCACCAAGGCGGACCUGAGCCGACUGCAGGAGGAGGAGGCCCAGCUGGAGCAGAGGCUGGUGACCGGCCGCGUUCAGCUGGACAGCAUCGUGAAGUCACUGCAAACCACGCAGGAUGAGAUCAACCAGGCUCGCAGUAAGCUGUCACUGAUCCAGGACACGCAGAAUGAACUGACCCAAACCAUUGAGCAGUACAACAGCGCUUUGAGCGAGAUCAGCAGGGGGAACUUCAGCAAUCUGCCCGAUUUGAGCGAAGGUUUCACUGAGAGGGAGAACGGAGGAUUCAGGAGUUCGGAUGACUCUUUCAAGUCGAGGAUAGCCAUGUUCAACAACGGCAGUAAAAAGGAGCUUCCUGCAGACCCCUUCCAAGUAGAAGACCCCUUCAAAUCUGACCUUUUGAAAGAUCCAUUUGGAGAAGAUCCUUUCAAAGAAAACGAUCCCUUCAAGGGAGCCUCAUCUGACGACUUUUUCAAGAGAUCCAACAAGACGGACUUGUUUGGCUCUGGAGAUCCUUUCAGUCGAAAACCCACACUACCAGCUAAGCCGAGCGCCUUUGGGAGUGGCGACCCCUUCGCAUCAAACAGCUCUCAAACAAAGGAUUCAGACUUGUUUGGAAAAGCGGACCCGUUUGGAAGCAGUUCUUUUGGAGGCAAAGGCGGCGGAUUUGCUGACUUCAGUCACAUGUCAAAGAAGCCUGACCCUCCUAAGAAGAAUGUGCCUAACCGGCCCGCGCCUCCCUACGUGGAUCUGCUCGGUUCGAGCGCGUCAGAGCUGCUGCAGGGUAUCGGUAGAGACUCUUUUAUUGCGACACAGUCAAGAAAAGAAUCCAAAGACUGUCCUGCGGGUUUUGCAGAUUUUGGCUCUUUUGGAAGUGAGAACCAGCAGCUGGAGUGGGCCAAGCGGGAGAGCGAGCGGGAGGAGCAGGAGCGGCUGAGGCGGCUGCGGUUGCAGGAGCAGCAGGAUCUGGAGCUGGCCAUCGCUCUCAGCAAGGCUGACCUUUCCAACGCCUGACCUCCAGCUCGGCUUUCUGUCCACCUUCAGUCCGUUUACAGGCCCGUCACCGCAGCGCCGUGUUUCUCAAAUGACUCUAGAUUUAAAUCCGUUGGAGGUUCAAAUGCCAGCCGUAAACGGGGGAGAAUCCAGACUUAAUCUUUGCUUAGCGCCACAAUAGGAAAGUUUCACAAGCUCCUGAACUGCAUCUCCGCCUGCUGACUUUUCAACCUGCUUGCUUGGUAAACCCUUUAAGAGUUAUCUAUAAUUAUUUCAAAUCCUACGCUGCAGUAGCCACCGUCUCUUCAUGUGCAUAGAGCUUUCUGGGUCAAUGGUGACGUAGAAUUGCCACUUGAGUUACCACAACAGUACUGUUACAACUUUUACCAGACAGUUGCUCAAAUAUUCUCCUGCUGAACCUGCAGCCCUCAGUAUAAAAUAAUGUGAAGAUCAAAUAUUUAUGAGCGCAAUUGAAGACAAGUGUAAUUAAUAUUAGAGAUGCACCAAGCAGAAUUUUGAUUUUUGUAAACUUUUCACUCUGCCAGUAUGGCGUUUGAUUUCUUUUUAAGAGCUUUAAUGCUUAAAAUGUUUUCUAUCUUUUCUCCCAUGAGAAGUUGUUGAUUAUUUAUACAGAGAGUAUAGCCAGUGUCAUUAUUUAAACUGACUUUAUUAACAAUUACUAAAACAUCAGUCUCCAUGUUGAACCUUAUUUCAGACAGUCACAAAAGAUUGCCGACAUUUUCAAAUCCACACAGGUUGAAAUGUUUUCUAAAAGUCUAAAUGAAAAGAUGUGAAAAUAUUUUUUCUCUUUAAAGCUGCAGUAUGUAACUUUAAUUAAAAUAUAUAUAUAUUUUUUACAUAUUUAUUAAAACUGGCGCCAUGUCGUAACAGCACAAUAUGAGAUAAUCUGUGUUUUCCCAGUAAUAAUUAGAAACGGCCAAUCAGAACCAUGAGACAGGUCUUAGCGCUGUCAAUCAUCUUCCUUGUGGCGCUGCUCUUGCCUCUUACACUCUGCAGCUAGCAAGCCUGUUGUGAAGGCUCCGGCUAGUUAGCGUAGCCACUGGCUAUCACAGUUUUUCUGUCACGGUAAGUUGUUUAGCACAUUUAGCAACGCGUACAUGAGGAUGAUUGAUAGCGCUAAGAUCCAAUCCUCCUGGCUGUUUUUGGUCGGGCAUUGUACAUUUCUUCAGACAGCAAGCUCAGGAAGGAGCUUGCUGCUCAGGAAGGAGUUGGAGGAGACCAAUUUUUUCACAGAUUAUCUGUCUCUUAGCAUAUUGUCAUGGCGACAGUUUCAACAAAUAUGUAAAAAAUAUUUCUUAUUAUAGUUACAUACUGCAGCUUUAAAUAAUUUUUUUGCAUUGCUGUGCUUUGGUGGUGAAAAUAGAUAACUUGGCUGUACUCCUUUCAGCCCUCCGUUAAUGUGAUCAAAGUCUUGCUUUCUCUCGCCGUCUUGCAGCCAGUUUGGGAAAAUACAAUUUCCUUUCAGAUUUUUGCAUCUGUUCUCCCUCUAAACUGAUUAUUACUGAAUAAAAGCUCAUUUUAAGUCUUUUACUGAUGUACUGUUUGCACAACCUGAUAGCGACUACUUAUGGUGUGUUCAUUGAUCAGAAAAGCGUCUGAUUUUUGAGUUUCCGACCAGCCGCGCUGAAAAUUCGACCACCACAAACUUCUUGGUGCAUCUCUAAUUACUACCGACCAGAUCUUCAGCUUCUGCUGUAUGUUGUUUAUUUCUUAUCCAUUUAAACCUUGGAAAAACAGCAAAUGCUCAAAAACAAUAAAGCUGAUCACAAAGGAGCAACCUGAACUUGUUCCCCUGUGUCUGUGCAGCAGCCAUUUUUCGUAAACUCUUCUUACUCCCAAUGACCGCCCACCUUGUGCUUGUUGGUCUGUUUACCUUAAACAGCUGAUUACAGGAGGUGGAGCUGCUUUGCCAGCAUUAAAAAGGCACUUGUAGCACAGACUCAACACACUUUACCCCUACUCUCAUCUUCCCACCUCUGUCAUCAUCUUCAUCUUGCCGCGCGGGUCCAGUAAUCUCUGCAGAGUUGUCUGAGACGGCACUCAGAGGGGGGGAGGAUGUAUUUAUCUCAUUGUAGUCUCGCAGACUGGAGCCAUUCACAGCCAUUUUAUCUAACUACUAACCAUAAUGCUUUGCAACAUAAACACUGGAGGACUUUUCUCUGAUAUUAUGACAUCCAUAUGGCUCUUCUCUGUGUUAGUGUAACAGGUCGUGCGAGUCGAAUUAGGAAUAUUUUACAGUUUUUGUAUGAAAUCAAAGAAUGUGUGGUGUAUGAAGUAAAAUGCAUUGAAGUCUGUUUUCCAUAACCAUGAGUGAGGCAGAAAACGUUAUAUUUAAAGUCAAACAGAAGACGUCAGCCCGUCUGCUGGCCUGAGUGUGUCCAGCUCCAGAUGGUUAAAGAAACAUUUUACCCACUCCAUGCUUUAUGAUUACAUUACAGCUAAAUGUGCAAGUUUUGGAUACUCCAAAGCUGUCUUGAAGGACUUGGUGUGAUCCAUUUUUCUGUUGCUACAGAUGCUUUUAGUUAUUUACGCCUUUGUGUCUGCUGAGGAUGAAUUCAAAUCAAAGCCAGUGAUGAUCAUUCCUCCAGUUAUGACCCAGUUGUUCCCAGUUUCUCAGUGUUUGUUGGAUUGAUGCUUUGUUUUGACAGACUUGCACUCCCAUACAACUAAAAGCCUCUUUAAAACAGAAAAGUGUAAACCCACUCUGUUUAUGCUGUCGCUGUUACAUUUACGUCCUCUGAUAUAAGUGACAUCACUAAAGAUUGCUCUUUUCUGACAAACAAAAUAAAUUUUUAGAUGUUUCUUUCUGUUAUGUUUAUGUUUUAGUAUGUGGAAGAUAGCUUUCCAAAUGCAUUCCCACCCUCCAACACUAAUCAGGUCUAUCUGGCACAUAAUGAAUGUACUGUAUGCUCCAUACAGGACAUGUACAGCAUGUGACAACGCCUUAAUUAUCUACAUAUCAGCAUUGUAAGCUGUAACAUUGCAAAGUAUAUAUGUAAUUAAUAAAAAUCAGCUAUCUUGU